GUGAAGUCAAGCUAUAUACUAGCUAGCAAUCUUAGAAGUGCCUCGACGGUCGCAUUCAUCAAAGUUUCGUUCAAGUUCCAGAAGUAAUUAAGGGGUCAGCUGCUCGAUCAUAACUAGAAAGAACAAGAUCAUGUCAAUCCAGCCAGAGAAUAUAGAGAGGGGGGUUGCAGCACGCUUCCGUCAGCCUUUGCACAACGAGGAUUUUCUUGAAGCGCAGGCUCUGGAGUGUUACGUUCGUGAUAUCAAUUGUGUCAACGACACAGGUCCUAGGCUAAGCGAAGUUGUGUUCAGAAACAGCUACAAUGACUACGACCUUCGGAACCAUGUCUUCCGAUGGGACAGCAGGGACUACAGAGACAUCUUCAUUAACGGCUUCCAAGCGUGGCCUCUGGGAAACCCCGCGCCGCAGGAUUUGCAGUACUACAACCUGUUAGCCCACGUCAACGAAGGCGGCAUCCCUCUUGCGGAGCCGCAUGUUCGCAGGGCCUUUGUCAGCACCACACUGAAUCCAGACAUGAGAUUCAGGCUCAAUGUUCCAGUUGGGACCUUAAUCUAUCGGUACGAGAUAUAUGCUCCCGGCGGCAUUUUGGUUCAGGAGACUCUGGGGGAUCGCUAUAACUUCGUGGGCCAACGAGAGAUCGCCUUUGUUGGCGGUAUUGACCGCCAAUACAUCCGGGCGGCCCAAAUCUUUGAGGUUACUGGUUAUGACGAUCAGGGGCGACCCAGAACACAGAGACAUGAAAAUGUAGUUGUGAUAAACAUGUACUUCAAUCCACAAUCGCAUCCCGAAGAGCUGAUCAAGAUUAAUAGACCUUGCUGCUAUUACAAAAAUGAGGAGGGCCAUUAUGUGCCUCUAAGAAUUAGGCUCUUCCGCGCAAUCCGAGAGAAGAGGGACUUAGCAAAACACGAUACUGAUGAUGAUUCCAAGGCAGCUGAUGAAAUAUCAUACACUGAUUAUGUGCCUAACCCCGAGAGCGAUGACCCUGCAGCCACCCUUGAAUUUUAUACAACCGAUAAUCCUGCAGGCAUCAUAGAUUGGUAUUCCAAGGAGGUGGCCAACUUGGAGAGCUAUAUAGACGCCGCAUUCCUUUCGUCCAGCGCCAAUGAAGCCUAUCUAUUCAUGAGGAAUGAGUACGUCUUGAUGAACUAUGCUCCAGGCAGCGACAAGAUUGUAAGCGGACCGUCGCUCAUCUGCGAUGGAUUUCCAUCCCUUGUGGACACAACCUUCGGCGAGUACGGGAUAGACUGUGGAUUUAGGGCUCUUCACGAAUUCCUCGGGCUUCAUCCCGGAGACCAGCGCCUCGUGGCAUAUAUCUUCUCAGGGAAUCUCUGCGCAAUGGUGAACCAUGCACCAGACGCCAAAGACGACAAGAUUACUUCAGGCCCCUUGACCAUCUGUACCAUGUUUCCCUUCUUCAAGGGCUCCGAGUUUGAAAGUGGGAUCGAUGCCGCGUUCGAGGUGAACAAGACGCACGAAGCGUAUCUCUUCAAAAGCAGCCAGUAUGCUCGUAUAAACUAUGUUUCACACAAACUCAUCGCUAAAGGUCCCAUCAUCAAAGGCUUUCCCUGCCUGAGAGGCACCAUAUUUGAAAGCGGGAUCCAAGCGGCCUUCACAUCGCACAGCAAAGAUGAGGCAUACCUUUUCAAAGGGAAAUCAUUUGCGGUCAUCAACUUUGCUCAGGGCGCCAUUACCAACGAUGGAGUGAAGGAAAUUGUUUCCAAUUGGCCCUCUUUAGCUCCAAUCUUGCCUCGCAAGAACAAGGGCGUCGAUGUGCAUGACCAUGAACACAUCAAAUCAUCAGCUGACGACCAGCCUCAAGACAACCCCCCCAAGGACAAACCCGCCCACGUCCAUGAUGAGCUUAAAUAGAGAUAUCUAUAUCAAUUAAGCAUAAGUACUUGCACAUAUCUAUAUCUAUAUAAGCCGCAUAUAUAAUGCAUGCUGCGUGGUCACACAUGGUAGUUAUAUACAGCAGCAACGUGCGUACAUAUGUCGUAUAUGGGUCGUCAGUGUUUGUCGUUCCUACAUAAACCUGAAGUCUAGUAGUCUUCUUUACUUCCUUUCAAGGCGGCCUAGCUAGCUUGCAUUGUAUCGUGGUGUUACAUAUACAUCAUUAUGUACUUGCUAUUAUGAAUAUAAAAAAAAUAUUCACGUGCAUGCACGUGAAAAUAAUAUU